UGGGCCUUUGGAGUGCUUCUCUUUGAAAUGUUAGCGGGACAACCCCCUUUUGAUGGUGAGGAUGAAGAUGAAUUAUUUACUGCAAUAACAGAACAUAAUGUAUCUUAUCCAAAAUCAAUGUCCAAAGAGUCUGUUCUCAUCUGUAAAGGUUUUCUAACCAAACCACCUUCCAAAAGGCUGGGAUGUGGGUCUGAAGGAGAACGUAAUGUUAAGGCAAGUUAA